AUGGAGUUCCUUUUACCAGUUAUUUUGAUUGGUUUUUGUAGAGACAGCUACGUCUCAACUAUUGGUUGCAAAUGUGUAAGGUAUAGCAGUACGGAUAGACCAUUGGGUGGUACGUUUAUGACACCUUAUUUUCCAAGAAGAUAUCCACCUAGCAUCGAUUGUCUUCUUUACACGUUCAUUGGUCAACCGGACGAGAUCGUAGAAUUAACAUUUCAUCAAUUCAGCAUACAUCGAGUUAGAUCUGAUUGUACGAGGGGAGACUUUGUUAAGGUAUUCCUUCAUUUGGAAAGCGAAGGAGUCUCGGAAUAUACACCCUGGUCUGGAAUUUUGUGCGGUGAAUUACGCGACAUCCCUCAAAUUUUGUAUAGUUCGAGAUCUACCCUUAUACUUGAACUUCACACCGAGUUAUCAUCCUCUAAUGCUACGGGCUUUUCUGGAACUUUUCGCUUCAUCGACAGACGAUUAUUCGAAACGGAUGGACUGUUAAUACCUGGAACGAUGUGCGACCACGAGUUUGUCAGUUCGCAAUUAACCCCUCAAUACGGACGAUUCUUCUCACCACGUUACCCCUCAUCCUAUCCGAAGAACAUUCGAUGCUCUUACCUAUUUCGUGCGAGACUCAAGGAGAGGAUUCAAAUAGUAUUCGAAGAGAUUUCUCUACAAAAAGGUGAUCUCAGUUGCCUGAAUAGAGCAGACUUAAUCAGGGUUCACGACGGAACGGAUUCAGGAACGCCCACAAUAGCCGUGCUUUGCAACCAAGGUGCAGAAGUAGAAGUACUCAGUACAGGGACAGACCUUUACGUCGAGUUUGUCGCUAAUUCCGAGUGGCCUGGCCAAGGCUUCAAGGCGAAGUUUGAAUUUCAGCCAUUGGACGAUUCGCCUCAUUCCGGUUUGUAA